AUGGCUAUCCCAUGCAUAAUAUUAAGCCGUAUUAUCUCCUUAAGGAGCAUCUCACCGCUUUAUAUUGCCUCCAGGACAAUGUCUACCCAGCCAAACAGGAGUCAGAUGGACCGGCACCUCUAUAUUUCUACCAUUGAUGCUGAGCCACUUCAUCGCUAUCGGAAAGGCGGUUACCACCCAGUCACUUUGGGGGAAUGCUUGAAAGCUGGAAGGUAUAAGGUGUUACAUAAACUAGGGUGGGGAGGCUACUCGACAGUUUGGGCGGCGAGAGAUCAAAGGGACCAGACGUAUGUUGCUGUCAAAAUUUCUGUUGCAGAAACUGAAUAUAAUGGAGACACGCGAGAGCUCCAAACCUUGAAAGUACUUGCAUCUCACCACCCUCGUCCGAAACAUACGGUGCACAUGCUCGAUGACUUCGAUCUAGAGGGCCCAAAUGGAUCUCAUAAAUGCCUAGUUUAUGAGCUUCUAGGUCCUAACGUUCCAGACAUAAUUGAUGCAAACUUUCCAAAUGGGAGACUUCCUGGCAAUCUCGCUAAAACCAUUGUAAAACAAUGUUUGAUCGGACUCGAUAGUUUACACCAACGAAAGAUUGGGCAUGGAGAUCUGCAUACCCGUAAUUUAGCCUUCGCUAUGCCUUACAUAGACGAUUUAACAGAAGAAAGGUUUAUUGAGAUGCUAGGAAAACCAGAAGUUGGCUAUGUCCAAAAACGCGAUGGAAAAUGCGUGGAAUCCGGCGUGCCCGAAUAUGUUGUGAGACCUGCCUCAUACGGGAAUCACUCUUGGAAUCUGGCUCAGGAUGUCAAAAUAAUCGACUUUGGAGAGUCAUUCUUACACACUGCUCCCCCCGAAACACUACAUACACCUUUAUCUCUUCGGGCACCGGAAGUUAUAUUUCAAGAUCACAUUGAUUACCGUGUUGAUUUGUGGAGCAUGGGCUGUAUGCUCUUUGAACUGUUCGUGGGCCAGCCACCUUUCGACACAUUCUUAAUAACGCCCACAAUCCUUGUUGGCCAAAUGCGAGAGAUGGUAACUGACGAACUACCUGAAAGAUGGCAAGAUAAAUGGAAAGCGAUGAUGAAGACAGGGGACACCAUGGCCACAGAAAGCACCGGGCCCAAUUUGCAGGAAUGGCUGGAAGAAGUGUACUUUGAUGGCCCGCUGAGUCCCGAUCUCACACGAGAGGACAUAGUGAGGCUGGGACAAAUCGUUAGAAGAUUAUUGCAUUUUGAGCCGUCUGUAAGAGCGUCAGCGAGACAAGUUCUUAAUGACCCUUGGUUUAAUGAGUGA